GCUCUAACCUCUUAACUGGCCUUUAUAUAGAGUUUUGCUCCACAUGAUUGUUAUAGAUCCAUUCCAUUUUCAUAUAAUCCCGCGAUUUUCUUCUCAAGCAAUACUGUCUCCUGUUUCUGCUUUGGUCCUCAUUUUCCUUUCUGAGGAAAAAAACUAUAAGUGAGGUGGCAUGGAGGAUGGAAAAAGUGGAUUAUGGAGAACGAAAUCGGAACAACUAGAGUCAGUGGUAGAAGAUUUGACGUCCACACCGGGAUCAAGUGAGUCGGUCGGAGUGGCGGACGGUGGUAGUGGGAGUCUUACUAGAAAAUCAAGGAGGGCAUCCCCCGGUGGAAGAAAUACACACAUAAGGAAGGCGAGGAGUGUCCAGACUUCUUUGAAGGUUGAUUUGGAUGAGGUUAAUAGUGGUGCUGCUCUUAGUAGAGCUUCAAGUUUGGGACUCUCAUUUUCCUUUACUGGAUUCUCUGUUCCUCUUGAUGAAAUCUCUAACUCCAAACCCUUCAGUGAUGAAGAUAUCCCUGAGGAUAUUGAAGCUAGAAUUCAUAAGCCAAAGUUUCAAACAGAACCUACUCUGCCAAUAUAUCUAAAGUUCACGGAUGUGACAUACAAGAUAGUGAUUAAAGGCAUGACAACAAAUGUUGAAAAAGAUAUCUUGAAAGGGAUCACUGGUUGUGUAAAUCCAGGGGAAGUUUUAGCAUUGAUGGGUCCCUCAGGAGGUGGUAAAACUUCUUUGUUAAAUCUACUUGGAGCUAGGUUAAGUCAACCAAAUAUUGGUGGCUCUAUAACUUACAAUGAUCAACCAUAUUCCAAGUUCCUAAAAAGCAGGAUUGGAUUUGUGACACAAGAUGAUGUUCUGUUUCCUCACCUAACUGUGAAAGAAACAUUGACAUAUGCAGCUCGUUUAAGGUUGCCAAAAACAUUAACCAAAGAGCAGAAGGAACAAAGAGCUUUAGAUGUUAUCUAUGAGCUAGGAUUGGAGAGGUGCCAAGACACUAUGAUAGGAGGUUCCUUUGUCCGAGGAGUAUCUGGUGGAGAGAGGAAGAGAGUUUGUAUUGGAAAUGAGAUUAUAAUCAAUCCUUCUCUUCUGUUUCUUGAUGAACCAACAUCUGGUUUGGAUUCUACAACAGCCUUGAGAAUAGUCCAGAUGCUACAUGAUAUAGCUGAGGCUGGUAAAACUAUAAUAACAACAAUCCAUCAACCAUCAAGCAGACUUUUUCACAAGUUUGAUAAGUUGAUCCUUUUGGGAAAAGGGAACUUACUUUACUUUGGAAAAGCAUCAGAAGCAAUGGACUACUUCAAACUUAUAGGGUGCAAUCCUCUCAUUACCAUGAACCCAGCAGAGUUUUUAUUAGACCUUGCAAAUGGAAACAUGAUUGAUAUUUCUGUACCAUCAGAGUUAAAUGAUAAAGUGCAUAUGGGAAAUGCUGAAACUGAAACUUUUAAUGGGAAACCAUCAGCUGCAGUUAUACAAGAGUAUCUAGUGGAGGCAUAUGAGACUCGAGUAGCAGAAACAGAGAAGAAAAAGCUAAUGGUUCCAAUUCCACUUGAUGAAGAAGUGAAGUCUAAGGUUCGUUCACGUAAAAGACAAUGGGGAGCAAGUUGGAUUGAACAAUUUUUAAUAUUGUUUUCCAGAGGAUUCAAAGAACGGAGACAUGACUAUUUUAGCUGGUUGAGAAUCACACAAGUUCUUUCCACUGCUGUCAUCCUUGGAUUACUAUGGUGGCAAUCAGAUGCUAGCAACCCAAAGGGUCUUCAAGAUCAGGCAGGAUUGCUUUUCUUUAUUGCGGUGUUUUGGGGAUUUUUUCCUGUGUUCACAGCAAUAUUCACAUUUCCUCAAGAGAGAGCCAUGUUGAAUAAGGAAAGAGCAUCAGAUAUGUACAGAUUAAGUGCAUACUUUGUGGCUAGAACUACAAGUGAUCUUCCACUAGACCUUGUAUUACCGGUGCUUUUCCUCCUAGUUGUUUAUUUCAUGGCUGGUCUGAGACUCAGUGCAGGGUCCUUUUUCCUUAGUAUUCUUACAGUUUUUCUCUGCAUUGUUGCAGCUCAGGGACUUGGACUUGCUAUUGGAGCUACACUAAUGGACUUGAAAAGGGCAACAACUUUGGCUUCAGUAACUGUCAUGACUUUUAUGUUGGCUGGGGGUUUCUUUGUAAAGAAAGUCCCAAUAUUCAUAUCUUGGAUUCGAUACCUAUCUUUCAACUACCAUACAUACAAACUUUUGCUCAAGGUACAAUAUGAACACAUUACACCUAGCAUCAAUGGGAUGAGAAUUGACAGUGGUAUGAAUGAGGUUGUUGCUCUAAUAGCCAUGGUUUUUGGUUACCGUUUAUUGGCAUAUUUUUCUCUGCGGUGGAUGAAAAUUCAACCUUAGCUGGGAUACAAAUUGUGAAGAAGGGUGAUAUUGAAUGACGGCUCAUAUAUAUUAUUAUAUAUAUAAGGAGGACUUCCAAAUGAAGUGCCAAAGCUUUGUUUGGCUACAUCUAAUUUUUGUAUAUAUUUGUGUAUUUCAUUUGGCACGUUCUAAUAACAAAAGCACGUUCAAUGUUAUCAGUUAUGAGAAUCUAGAGAAUAGAUUCUUAUUUUUCUUCUUUUGGAAAGCUAGUAUGUCCGAAUGGGGUUCAAAGGAGGAAGGUAUGGAAAGGGAAAGAACGGAUUUAGUUAGGUGACUUGUUUGGGAAGGUAUGCAAAACAAGAAUAACUUUCAUGCACGGUUGAGAUCAAUUUUUUUACAAUGUAAACCAAUUACAAAUUAUCUUUUGUACAACUUUUUAAAUAGAUUUUAAAAGUCAAAUAUUUUCA